UUACUCUCCCUGUUCCUUGGUGUGGGUCUGGGAGGUAAACAUGGAAGGCCUGGUUGAGGUGGACCCCAGGAAGUUAACGUCUUUAACUGAUAUAAAGAAAGCUUAUGAGGAGCUUUGUGAGGAAGAGGUAGCAGUAGCUGAACGUCUAGAAUGGAGUGUUGGCAAUCGUCAUCAUCUGGAAGCACGUCUUUCCCAAUUAGCUCGUUUGGUUCCAACACUUCAGUUGGUCCAGGCUGAUGCACGGCAACUUGAAAACACAAUAUCGUUCACUCAUCAUUUGGCAAACAAUGUGUCUGCCAAAGUGCGACAGCUAGAUCUGGCAAAGAGUCGAGUUGUGGAAACUCAAGCUAGAGUAGGAGAUUUGUUAGACCUUGAAGGAUGCAGUGGAGGGGUAGCAACAGCUCUUGCUCAAGAAGAUUAUGAGACUGCAGCAGCUCACAUCCAUCGCUUCUUGGCCAUGGAUGAGACUUUACUUUUGCACACUACAGAUUCUGCAAGUAAAGCCGAAAGCGUAGAGACGUGGUUUGACCGCUUACGUCAAGCUGACAAGGAGCUGAGCCAGCUUAUCACACACAAGUUUGAUGAGGCAGUCAAAAGAGAAGAUAUGGCCAGUGUUGAUCGAUUCUUCAAACUUUUCCCUCUCUUGAAUAAACAUGAAGAAGGGCUAAAGAAGUUUACAACGUAUCUCUGUGCUAAGGUCCAGGAGACAACAGCUCAGAAUUUAGCAUCUGCACAAACUCUUGGCCCAAGAGAAAAGCGUUCCCAUGUCAUUUGGGCUGAUACUGUCACACUUUUAUUUGAAGGCAUUGCAAGAACUGUUGAAGUUCGACAACCUAUCAUUGAAACAUAUUAUGGACCUGGCCACCUGUCACUUGUAAUAGAGAUGUUGCAGCGUGAGUGUGAUCGCCAGGCUGGUCGCAUUGUAGGAGAGAUGAGAAAACAUAGAAGACUCGAGGCCAUUGUGUCUGCUGUUCGUAAUUCACUGAGGUGUAGUGGAGGUAAAGAGCCAAGAGCAGAUCAACCAGACCCACGUGAUCUAGACACUUUGUUAGGGGAACUGACUCUCAUAAAUGCUCGAGCUGAGUUGUACCUCAGGUUCAUCCGUAGACGAGUGUCGGCUGAUUUUGAGGCGUCCAUUGCACACAAGGCAGAACGUGAUAAACAGGAGGCAGCUUUUGAAGGGAAACUCUUACGUUCUCAACUGGUGUGCGACAUGGCUGUUAUAGUUGCUGAUUAUACUAUUUUGGAACAGUUUUAUCUUAAUGAGUCUUUCAAGAAGGCAUUAGCUAUGGACACUGUAGAGGAGACUGCUAAUACAUCUUCCUUAGUUGAUGAUGCAUUCUAUAUUGUGAAGAAAAGUGUAAGGCGAGCGAUAGCAUCAAACAGUGUUGAUGGUGUAUGUGCCAUGUUGAAUCAUGCUGUGACUCUGAUCGAGACCCAACUGGCAGAAGGAUUUAAACAAACUCUGCGCAAAGGAUUCCCUGCCCAGGGGUACUUGGACUUCAACCAGGCGUACACAGUUUUACAGUCAUCUCUUCAGUCAACUCUUCAGGCAGGCAAAAUUAACUCCUCCACAGCCGACUCUGAUGCUCUCCGACAAGGAUUCUUGACAGCUCUAAACAACACAGAGACAAGCAUGAGACACAUCAAGAGUCUGCACCAGACAUUGGAAGACAAUAUUAUCAGUGCCAUGGUGGGACUCAGCUCAACUCCAAAAGCUAAGCUGGACUCCUGCUUAAAUGAUCUAAAGUCUACAACAGGCAAACUUGCAAUAGUUGGAGAAUUUGGUAUUUCACAAUUGAGAGCCACAGCAGUUAAACCUCGAGUGAAACCUUGGGUAGAUAUCUUCAACACCACUUCACACGACAUCAAAGAGGAGGAGUUUGCGUGUUAUGAAGCAAAUGAUCCCUUCAGUCAGACCUUGAUGGUUCAAGUUGAUGGUUUGCUCGGGUCAUUUUUACCUCUUCUGACUGAGGAGAACUACAAGUCACUGGUGUCUGUACUGGUUUCAGAAGUGGCAGAACAACUGGAGAAAGCUGUAUUCAAGUCAACAUUCAACAGGUUAGGAGGGCUGCAGUUUGAUCGUGAAGUUCGAGCAAUAGUUGGCUACUUGUCACAAGUCUCAGAGUGGGGUGUCCGGGAACAACUUACCCGCCUCACACAAAUGGCAACACUUCUCAACUUGGAAAAUUUAGAAGAGGUGUCUGAGUAUUCAACCACUACUACUUGGAGGCUAACUCCAUCGGAAAUGAGGAAAGUCUUGCAACUUAGAGUUGACUUUAAAGCUGAGGAGAUCAAGAGACUGAAGCUGUAGAGCCCUGAUAGAGAUUCUUUAAAAAAAAUAUAUGCAGUAUGUAUAUAUUUAUGUUCUUCGAUUUGAGUGUAUGCUGUGUUGAUUAAUGUUGGUAUUGCUGAGGACAUAGCACUAAAAGAUUUAUUUUGUUAGUUCUAUUUCAAUGUAACACUUAAAAUAUUUUAACAAUGUCCUUAAGUUUCACAGAAAAUUAUUGUUUUAUUACCUUAAAUGACACAUUGUUAGUUUUUGCUUGUAUUUAAGUGUUUCCUGGAAAUGAUUGUGUAUAAAUGGGAAUUAUAGGGAAGUUGAGUAUAAAUUUAUUGAUCAAAAAUAUAUCCCUGUAUAUAUUUAUACAGUACCCAGUAUGUAUGUCUGGGUGCCUCAUAUAGGGAGUAACUUUAAAUUAAUAUUUUUACUACACUGUUAUAAAUUUUGGAUCAAGAGUAGAUUAGUAAACCCUUGAGUACACGAGUUCUAUAGAGUUUCUUUGUAAUGCAAUGGUGUACAGUACAUACUGUAUGUUUAGAAGAAAAAAAUAUGAGAGAUGCCUUCAGUUCUAUGUAUGGUAAUGCAAGAUAAAACUAAAGUACAGUACAGAA